AGUAAACAUUAGAAGAAGAAGAAGAGAAAAUUGUGCAGCGACAGAAUUAUCAAAAGUGCAUUUGGUUUCACGUGUUCGGAAGUGCAUGCUUAAUAUUAGGUUGUUUUCUACGUGUUUGUACAACAUCAGAAACCUAAGAAGAGCGCUGCUCCUCCGUGCCAUCAGCGACCCAAACACACUUCCACAUUAUAUCAGUAUGUCUGCAAACAAGCGCAACCUGAAGCGCCAGAGAGAGCCAGCGGACAGCGCCGGGGGGAAGCAGCCGAGGCUAGAGGGAGUGAGAGCGAGAGAGACCGGCUGGCUGCUGCGGGAAGUGACCGAGCUCCGCAGAGCAGCGCUGGGAUGCGAGUUCAACAAAAAGCGCCUCCGUUAUUUAGCAGACACACAGAAAAUCAAACAGGGCUCCGAUGGGGUCCUCUACUGGAUGUCCCGCGACCAAAGAGUCCAAGAUAACUGGGCAUUGAUCUACGCUCAGCAGCUGGCUCUGGCUGAGAAACUUCCUCUGCACAUCUGCUUCUGUUUGGUGCCUCGAUAUCUGGAAGCGACCUACAGACAGUACGCCUUUAUGCUGAAAGGACUGCGAGAAGUGGCAAAGGAAUGCAAAAGCCUGGAUAUUCAGUUCCAUCUGCUGUCAGGAGAACCUGGACAGAAGCUGCCAAGCUUUGUUAAAAACGGGAAGUUUGGAGCAGUUGUCACUGACUUUAACCCCCUCAGGAUCCCUCUCCAGUGGAUUGAGACUGUUAAGAAACACCUUCCGUCUGACGUCCCUUUCAUUCAGGUUGAUGCACAUAACGUGGUGCCUUGCUGGGAAGCGUCUGAGAAGCUGGAAUAUGGGGCCAGGACGAUACGAGGCAAAAUCACUAAACUUCUGCCAGAAUUCCUCUCAGAGAUUCCUCUUGUGGACACUCACCCACACUCUGCUUCUCGUACAGCAAAGCCAGUGGACUGGGAGGAGGUGCUGUCGUGUCUUGAGGUGGAGCGCAGUGUUGGAGAGGUGGACUGGGCUCAGCCUGGCUCCUGUGGCGGCAUGGCCAUGCUGGAGUCCUUCAUUGACCAACGGCUGCGUCUCUUUGCCACUCACAGAAACAAUCCCAACUGUGACGCCCUCAGCCAUCUCUCCCCAUGGAUCCACGCUGGUCAGUUGUCUGCUCAGCGUGUGGUGAAGCAGGUCAAACGAGAAAAGAACGCCAGCGAGUCUGUGCUGUCUUUUACUGAGGAGCUGGUGGUGCGCCGGGAGCUCGCCGACAACUUCUGCUUCUACAACCACAACUAUGACAACAUUUCAGGUGCGUAUGAUUGGGCGAAGAAGACGCAGGAUCACGCUAAGGACUGCAGACAGUACCUUUACACAAAAGAGCAGCUGGAGAACACCAAGACCCAUGACCAGCUGUGGAACGCUGCACAGCGUCAGCUGGUGUUAGAAGGGAAGAUGCAUGGGUUUCUGCGCAUGUACUGGGCAAAGAAGAUCCUGGAAUGGACUGCAUCUCCUGAAGAAGCCCUCUCUAUUGCUAUAUAUCUGAAUGACCGUCUGUCUUUAGAUGGCUGCGAUCCCAACGGAUAUGUGGGUUGCAUGUGGUCCAUCUGUGGCAUCCAUGACCAGGGCUGGGCAGAGAGGCCCAUCUUUGGCAAAAUUCGCUAUAUGAAUUAUGCUGGCUGCAAGCGGAAGUUUGAUGUGGCUCAGUUUGAGAGGAAGUACGCUGCUGUACAGGAGACCUCCAAGAAAUCUGUCUAGUUUAAUUCGUCAAAUUCUGAAAAUCUACUGACUGACGUAAAAUUUCAGUUCUCAUUGUUUGUACUUGUUUUAGAGGGACUGUAUUUAAGGGUAUUUUUUUCUGGCAGACACUUUUCUGUAGUAAGGGCAAGUUUAUUAAUAAGAUGCUAUAUUUGUUAUGUUGUUUGUUGGUAUAAAGGCUAUUGUCUGUC